AGGCUGGCGGGAGGUGGCUUGGAACUCGCUGGGGAAGCUUGAUGAAACGUUAGGGAUCGGCUCUGGGAAGGGGGUGGGGUCUGACAGAGGCAGCCCCCAAGGAGAUGGGCUAGGGGCGGGAUCUGAAGGAGGGGUAGGUACCCGUUCGGCCUGAUAGGAGUUCAGAGAAUCCUUGAGGAGGUAUCGAGGCCGCGGCCAGAAAGGGUGGCCCCCUUGUAGCCAACUCCACCUUUGCCAGAGCCGCUCCAGGAGUGAAAGCUCUUCAGCCAUGACCUCCACCGGCCAGGAUUCCUCCACCAGGCAGCGAAGGAGUAGGCACAAUCCCCAAUCGCCUCCUCAGGACUCCAGCACCACCUCGAAGCGAAGUGUUAAGAAGGGUGCAGUACCCCGCUCUAGCCCCAGUCUAGCAGAGGUAAAGAAGAAAGGCAAAAUGAAGAAGCUCAGCCAAGCAGUGGAAGAAGACCUAAUCGAAGGGCUUCAAGGACUGGAUCUGAACCCCGAGUCAAGGGUACUGGUUGGCACUGGAUUGGUGUUUGAUGAACAGCUAAAUGAAUUCCACUGCCUCUGGGAUGACAGCUUCCCUGAAGGCCCUGAGCGGCUCCUUGCCAUCAAGGAACAACUGAUUCUGGAAGGCCUCCUGGAACGUUGUGUGUCCUUUCAGGCCCGGUUUGCUGAGAAGGAAGAGCUGAUGUUGGUUCACAGCCUGGAAUACAUUGAUCUGAUGCAGACAACCCAGUACAUGAAUGAAGGAGAACUUCGUAUACUAGCAGACACCUAUGAUUCAGUUUAUCUGCAUCCGAACUCAUAUUCCUGCGCCUGCCUGGCCACAGGCUCUGUCCUCAGGCUGGUAGAUGCAGUCCUAGGGGCUGAGAUUCGGAAUGGCAUGGCUGUUGUCAGGCCUCCUGGACACCAUGCCCAGCACAGUCUAAUGGAUGGGUAUUGCAUGUUCAACCACGUGGCUGUGGCUGCCCGCUAUGCUCAAAAGAAGCACCACAUUCAGAGGGUUCUUAUCGUGGACUGGGAUGUACACCAUGGUCAAGGAACACAGUUUAUCUUCGACCAGGACCCCAGUGUCCUCUACUUCUCCAUCCACCGCUAUGAGCAAGGUCGGUUCUGGCCCCACCUUAAGGCUUCUAACUGGUCUACCACAGGUUUUGGCCAAGGCCAAGGAUAUACCAUCAAUGUGCCUUGGAACCAGGUGGGAAUGAGGGAUGCUGACUACAUUGCUGCUUUCCUGCACAUCCUGCUGCCAGUUGCCUUUGAGUUCCAGCCUCAACUGAUCCUGGUGGCUGCUGGAUUUGAUGCCCUCCUAGGGGAUCCCAAGGGAGAGAUGGCUGCCACUCCAGCAGGAUUUGCCCAGCUAACGCACCUGCUUAUGGGUCUGGCAGGAGGCAAGUUGAUUCUGUCUCUGGAGGGUGGCUACAACCUACAUGCCUUGGCUAAGGGUGUCAGUGCAUCACUCCACACCCUUCUUGGAGACCCUUGCCCCAUGCUGGAUUCCCCUGGUGCACCUUGUAGAAGUGCCCAAACUUCACUCUCCUAUACUCUGGAAGCCCUUGAGCCCUUCUGGGAGACACUUGUGCGAUCAGUUGAGUCCCCAGAGGAAGAUAAUGACGAUGUGGAAGAAAACAAGGUGGAAGAGAACGAAGAGGAAAGACCCUGGGAGGCUGCUGCACUACCAAUGGAUACAUGGCCAGUACUGCAGUAUCGCACUGGACUAGUCUAUGAUGAAAGAAUGAUGAGUCACUGCAACCUGUGGGACAACCACCACCCUGAGACACCUCAGCGCAUCUUACGGAUCAUGUGCCACCUGGAGGAGCUGGGCCUUGCCUCACGAUGCCUCAUCCUGCCAGUGCGGCCUGCCAUGGAUGCUGAGCUGCUCACUUGCCACAGUGCUGACUACGUGGAGCGUCUCCAGGCCACAGAAAAGAUGAAAACCCGGGAGCUGCACCGUGAAGGUGCUAACUUUGACUCCAUCUACAUCUGCCCCAGCACCUUUGCCUGUGCGCAACUUGCUGCAGGAGCCACCUGCUGCCUGGUGGAAGCUGUGCUCUCAGGAGAGGUUUUGAAUGGAGUUGCUGUGGUACGUCCCCCAGGACACCAUGCAGAGCAGGAUGCUGCUUGUGGUUUCUGCUUUUUCAACUCUGUGGCUGUGGCUGCUCGCCAUGCACAAGCCAUUGCUGGGCGUCCCCUGCGGAUACUGAUCGUGGAUUGGGACGUUCAUCAUGGUAAUGGAACCCAGCACAUGUUUGAGGAUGACCCCAGUGUAUUAUACAUGUCCCUGCACCGAUAUGAUCGUGGCACCUUCUUCCCCAUGGGAGAUGAGGGUUCUAGCAGCCAAGUAGGCCAUGCUGCAGGCACGGGCUUCACUGUAAAUGUGCCCUGGAAUGGGCCCCGCAUGGGUGACGCUGAUUACCUGGCUGCCUGGCAUCGUCUGGUACUUCCCAUUGCCUAUGAGUUUAAUCCAGAACUGGUGCUGGUUUCAGCUGGCUUUGAUGCAGCACAAGGAGACCCACUGGGUGGCUGCCAGGUGACACCGGAGGGCUAUGCCCACCUUACCCAUCUGCUGAUGGGCCUUGCCAAUGGCCACAUUAUCCUUAUUUUAGAGGGAGGAUACAACUUGGCAUCCAUCUCUGAGUCCAUGGCUGCCUGUACCCACUCCCUCCUUGGAGACCCACCACCCCUGCUUGCCUUGCUGCGGCCUCCACAACCAAGAGCCCUGGCCUCAAUCACUGAGACCAUCCAAGUCCAUCGCAGAUACUGGCGCAGUUUGAGGAUCAUGAAGAUGGAAGACAAGGAGGAGCACUCCAGUUCUAAUAUUGUCACCAAGAAGUCACCCAAAACCGCUAAUCCUGUGUUGGCUAAGGGAACGAGCAUGCCAAAAGGAAACAUGCCAGAAAGAAGCAUGAGGAAGGCUACGUCGGCAUUAUGUUCAAAAGAAUCCUCUCUGGGCAAGACUAAAUCAAAGACAGCUAAGGUGGUGCUCACUCAGGGCCAACCCUCAGAGAGAACCAGUAGGGGAGUUACACUGUACCACACUACCUCAAAGGAGACUGAGGGAGGUGUCACAACGGGCCAUUUUGCCUCAGAGGCAGCCACAGGAGAAGGCAUGCUUAAUCAGACCACUUCACAGGAGGCUAUGGGAGAAGCUGAGUUGAUCCAAAGUCCUCCAGCCUCAAAUGCAGACAAGCAGACCCCAGAAGUUCCACCUGUACAGGAAACCACAGCCCAGCUGGUUGGGAGUCUCAGCACUUUGGAUCUAAGCGAUGGAGCUCAGGAGGUUCCAGAAUCUGAGGAGGCCCUAGUAGGAGAGGCAACUGGAGGUCAGGACAUGAACAACUUGAUGCUGACACGAGGAUUUGGGGACCUUGAUGCCCGGGAUAUAUUUUAUGCUGUGACCCCACUAUCCUGGUGUCCCCAUUUGGUGGCAGUGUGCCCUGUACCUGCAGAAGGCCUGGAUGUCACUCAACCUUGUAAGACUUGUGGAACACUCCAGGAAAACUGGGUGUGUCUGACUUGUUAUCAGGUGUACUGCAGCCGUUAUAUCAAUGCCCAUAUGGUUCACCACCAUGAAGCCUCUGAACACCCACUGGUCCUCAGCUGUGUUGACCUGUCUACCUGGUGUUACGUCUGUCAGGCUUAUGUACACCACCAGGAUCUCCAAGAUAUGAAGAACAUGGCCUAUCGGAACAAGUUUGGGGAGGACAUGCCCUGUUCAUACUAAGUCCCAGAACAUGUUCCUGUUUACCUUCUGAGGCCCCAGACAGACCAGCUUAGUUCAUUACAACCUAUACCUUGGUCUCACUAUUCCCUUAAACCUGAAUAUCCUUUGCAAGUCACUCCAGGUGCUUAUUUAAGUGUAAAUCCUUUUAAAGGACUAUGAUGUUCAAUUGUAGGUCUGCCCCUGCCCACUGCCUCCUCAAGAAACACCAUUACUGCACCCCAGAAGCAAAGAGAGGCAGCUCAGUGGCCCCAAGAAGGGCCUGAAAAUCACAAGAAUGACAUUGAAGGGGGGACAGUUGGACAGGGUUGCAUAUUUAAUAAAAUUCAAGUUGUUAACAAAA